CCUGAAACAGAGAUAGAGAGAGCGAAUUGCAAAGAGAGGCAACCAUGGCUGACAGAGGUGGAGCCGACAGAGCCGGUGGCGAGAGAGGCCGCCGUGGAUUCGGGGGACGGGGAGGUGACCGAGGAAGGGGUCGUCGCCGCGCCGGCCGCCGCGACGAGGAGGAGAAGUGGGUUCCCGUGACCAAGCUCGGCCGCCUGGUGAAAGAAGGCAAGAUCCGCAGCUUGGAGCAAAUCUACCUCCACUCGCUCCCCAUCAAGGAGUACCAGAUCAUCGACACCCUCGUCGGCCCCGGCGUUCUGAAGGACGAGGUCAUGAAGAUCAGCCCCGUCCAGAAGCAGACCCGCGCCGGACAACGCACCCGGUUCAAGGCCUUCGUCGUCGUCGGCGACGGGAACGGCCACGUCGGAUUGGGCGUCAAGUGCAGCAAGGAAGUCGCCACUGCGAUUCGCGGCGCAAUCAUUCUGGCGAAGCUGUCCGUGAUUCCGGUCAGGAGAGGGUACUGGGGGAACAAGAUUGGGCUGCCGCACACGGUGCCGUGCAAGGUCACCGGGAAAUGUGGCUCCGUCACCGUCCGGAUGGUGCCCGCUCCGCGUGGUGCUGGGAUCGUCGCGGCUCGUGUGCCGAAGAAGGUUCUGCAGUUUGCUGGGAUUGAGGACGUUUUCACUUCCUCCCGUGGAUCCACCAAAACCCUUGGCAAUUUCGUGAAGGCUACAUUUGAUUGCCUCCUGAAGACGUAUGGUUUCUUGACCCCUGAUUUCUGGAAGGACACCCGCUUCACCAAGUCGCCUUUCCAAGAGUACACCGAUCUUCUGGGAAAGCCAACCAAGGCCCUUAUCCUUGAAGACGUCGAGAGAACCGAGGCUUGAUGGUGAAAAUUUCUUGAAAGACGAGUUGAUAUAGGAUCUCCAAAAAGGCAGUCAGUAUGAAAUACUUGGUUAGCUUCUUGAGAACGAUAAUCUUGUCAAUGUUGCUCUGUUCUGUGUUGAGUUUGUUUAGGAUACAGUUUCGAAUUCCAUCUUCGAGGUUGUAACUUGGUUUUCUUUCGCUUCAAUCGAAAUUUUGAUGGUCUGUUGCUUGGAUAUUGAAUUGUGUGCUGCCUCUCAUCAAUUUGCUGCACUCUAUAUUACUUAGAUAGAUGCAAGAACUGGCUAGAGAAAUUAUCACUUGACAUGGAUUGUAAUAGUCAAAAUUUUGAUAAUUGGUA